AUGGGUGCUUCAGCAGCUUUAGACUACUCCCGUCCAUACCUGCUUCCUCCCGACAGCCCGCCCGACCUGGCCAGUCCCGGAGCCCAGUCCUACUCGUCCCGAUCAUCCCCCUCCACCGAGCAGGCCUGGGAACCCCGAGCCUCUGCUCCCUUCUCCAUGUCCGGCUAUGAAAAGGGCCCCGCCGUCGACAUGGCGGCUGGCCUGGGCGCCCCCGCGCAGAUCCAAGAUCGUCCGACUUCCACCAGCCCGACGUCCUCGCGCCAGCGGCUGCCCUCGCUCAGCAGUCUGUUUGGGCCCCCCUCCUCCAUGCGUCAUCUCCGCUCGCCCUCUGAGCGCGACAGCAACUACCUGUCCUACUCUCCCCUGGAACGGCCCCGCCUCUCCCCUGGCAUCGGCUCCAGCAGCUUCGCCUCCGGCUUUCCUCGCGCCACCUCCCCUCGACUGACGCAGCCCCGCAGCACCUACGACGUCAAGUUUGACCCCGAGAGGCAGAGCCUGCACGCCUUUGCUCGUUCCUUUACCGGACCACGAUCGCCGAGCUACGCUGAACAUCCGAUCCACGGCCGGCCAGCAUCUCGAUCCGACCUUGACCAGAGUGUCAGGUGGUCGAACCUGCAUGAGUAUUCCUUUGCGUCGCGCGACCCUUCGCUCCGCUCUCCUAGGGACAACGCAAGGCACCAUCUACCUGGGUCCAAGGAUUCCGGCUCAGACUGCUCUGACAACAGGUCGACGCACAAAGGCCCCCACCCCGCCCCCAAGACCGCGAGUGCCGUUAUCUCUGAAGGCGUGCCUGCAAAGGAUGGCCUGGGCCCUAAGAUUUGGACCGGCACGCAUUUUCUUCCUCGAUUUGUGCGGGCGACCGAGGUGCCAGGCGAGGGAAUGUGCUACUUUUACGACGAUGGGAGCCAUUGCAAGACGGUCAUCGACGGCGAAGCAGUCAACGCCCACUGGGGCGUCACCAAGGCCGGAAAGCCUCGCAAGAGACUGGCCAUUGCCUGCGUGACGUGCCGGGAGAAGAAGAUCAAAUGCGACCCCGACUACCCGCGUUGCGUCCAAUGCGAAAAAUUUGGCCGCGUUUGUAAGUUCAAGAACGCACCGAGAGGAGGCCACAACACCUCCCCCACAACCCCUCCGGCGGAGCUCGAUGACUUGCGCAAGGUUGGGGGACCGUCGCGUCAAACAAACGGCAGGAUUUCGGACUGCGGCUCCAGCCCUGCAACGUCGCCUCAACUGAGCCUCCGCCACCAGUCCCCUCCCGAGAGCGGCUACAGCAAGCGGCUCAAGAUGGGCCCUGAAGCGUACAUUCCCGGCGGCGAGCCCCCCGCCCCGGUUGUCCGGGCCAUGGACCAUUCCAAGUCGCAGCCCCCCCCCCUGGAGAUUCUGCCUCGCAUUUCCGAUGAGGUUUUGAGCCGAGCCUGCAGGACAGACCCUUACGGAUCGGAUCCCGAGUCCAUCAGCGCCGUUCUCACACAGUUCUUUGGGCAAAUCGACAACACCAUGAUCAUGCGAUUCUUCCCCGAGAAGGUCUUCCGAUCGUGGGCCGCCAGCUCGGCGCACGAAAAGUCUGCCGAGGAUCUCAUGGUCCUCUACAGCGUGCUGGCCAUUGGUGUGGCUUUGGCUGGCGGACCCAAGCACAUCGCCUACGAGUACGCCCAAGUGGCGUAUUACGCGCAAAAGACGGCUGUCUUUCCCUGCCUCCAGCUUGUCCAGAGCAGGAUACUGCUUGCCGUUUACCACAUCUCGACCUCUCGUCUCCGGGAGGCCAACGAGCUCAUUUCCUCGGCAGCUACGGCGGCGGCGUCUCUGCAGCUCAACCAGGAGCUUGAGAAGUCGGCAGACGAGGAAGCCUCGGCCUAUCCGUUUGGCAUGAACGAGGUCGGCUACUGCGAGGCGAGGAGGAGAACGCUAUGGUCUCUGUUUAUGCUGGAACGAAUCAACAUGGUGCUUCCGGACCGUCCGGUACUAAUCAACGCAGAUGACAUAUACGUGCGCCUCCCGGCCGACUCGGAGAGCUUCGAGAAGCAGGUCGAGGCCUACAUGCCUGUUUUCGACCCGGACGAGACGGUUGCAUCCAGGUUGGCCGAGAAGCCGUUGGAGAUUACGGGCUACCUCGUGGAGAUGGUUCACAUCUGGUCGAGUUGCCAGUCCGUCAUUUCUAGACUGGCGGCCCGAUCCAUGCCCUCUGGGACGAGCAACGCCAAGGCCCGAAACGUGGCAACAAGAGCUCGCGACUGGUACAACUCGCUGCCCCCUCGCCUGGUUUUCGGCGGAUCCAAUCUUGAGUCGGCAGCCUUUUCUGGAAAGGUCGGGUCGUUUCUGACCAUGCACCUGCUCUAUCACCAUGCGUUAAUCCAGCUCAAUCGCUUCCACGUGUCGGUUGCGCGGCUGCCUUCCGAGGCUCGAGCGAGCCACCUUCAGGAGUGCCGCCACCACGCGUUGAGCAUCCUCGACAUCAUCAACUGUCUCGACCGUAUUCUCCGCGUCCGCCCGACCAUCUUGAGCACCUCUCCGCCGGCACUAUCGGUACCAAUCAUGGCCGCCGUCGAUGUGCUGACGGCGUGCGGCCCCAUGGCGUCAAUCAACGAGCUGAUCCAGAGCAUUCGCGUGGGCAAGACUGCCGUUGACAGCACGGCAAAGACGUGGGAACACUCACAGGCGGCCCGAGACGCCAUCGAGCAUCGGCUCCAGAAACUGAUUCAAAUCUACCACAGCCAGGGAUCUCGGUCGGCGAGCCCGGCGGAUGGGUACCGGGUCGUCAUGAGCGCAGACGAAUCCAACGAGCAGAGACACCUCCGAUGGCAGAUCCCAUCGCCGAUAGAAAGGCCGUAUCCUGUGGAUAUGGAUGUUGUAUAUUGCACGCUUGCUUGA